ACCAAAAUGGCAACUGUACUCUCACCGAGACAGUGCGACAGUGGUCCUGCGACACCUGGAACGCAAUCUUUAAAGGAUGACAACUUCACAGAGGAGAACUCUAAUGAUGGCAGCCAAGCCCCUAAAAGACGCCGCAUGGGCUCCGGGGAUAGCUCUAGGAGUUGUGACACAUCUAGUCAAGAGCUUGGACCCACUUAUUUUCCUGCGGAAAACCUAACAGAAUACAAAUGGCCACCAGAUGACACAGGAGAGUACUAUAUGUUACAAGAGCAAGUUAGCGAGUACCUUGGUGUGACCUCAUUUAAACGUAAAUAUCCAGACUUGGAGAGGAGGGACCUUUCUCACAAGGAGAAGCUGUACUUGAGGGAACAAAAUGUCAUCACAGAAACACAGUGUACUCUAGGUCUCACUGCUCUGCGAAGUGAUGAAGUGAUAGACCUAAUGAUAAAGGAAUAUCCAGCCAAACAUGCGGAGUAUUCAGUCAUUCUCCAGGAACGGGAGCGACAGAGGAUAGCAAAAGAGUACUCCGUCAGUACUCAAAGUGCACAGCAACAAACACCACAGAAAGUGGAGGCAAGCAAAGUGCCAGAGUACAUCAAGAAAGCUGCCAAGAAAGCUGCCGAGUUCAACAGCAACUUCAACAGAGAGCGUAUGGAGGAGAGACGAGCGUACUUCGACCUUCAGACACAUAUAAUCCAGGUUCCUCAGGGCAAAUAUAAAAUAUUACCCCCAGAGCAGACAAAGACGGGACCAUACCCUGUGGCUCUAAUACCUGGGCAGUUUCAGGACUACUUUAAAAGGUACUCUCCCAACGAGUUACGCUAUCUGCCCCUGAACACUGCUUUGUAUGAGCCUCCUCUGGAUCCAGAGCUUCCAGCACUUGACAGCGAUGGAGACUCCGAUGACGCAGAUGGAGAAAAAGGAGACGGCAAGAAAAACAAAGGCUCAUCAGACAGUUCAUCGGGAAACACGUCUGAUGGAGACAGCCAGGAUGGUGGAGUCCCGUCCAAAGGCAAAGCCAAGGAUCGCACAUCUACCCAGGGCAAAGACAGCACCCCGCGCACCCAUCAACACAAAUCCCUGUCCGGGUACAAGCAUAAGAUCACUCCCAAUGAUUUUUGUGGCAUAUGCCAGAAGGGUAAGGAGUCCAACAAGAGGGGCAAGGCCGAGGCCCUCAUAAACUGCUCGCAGUGCAAGAACAGUGGUCAUCCGUCGUGUUUGGACAUGAGUGCGGAGCUGGUGGCCAUGAUCAAGACGUACCCGUGGCAGUGCAUGGAGUGCAAGACCUGCACUGUGUGUGCGCAGCCCCACCACGAGGAGGAGAUGAUGUUCUGCGACAAGUGUGACCGCGGCUUCCACACAUUCUGUGUGGGAAUGGACUCUAUCCCUAAGGGUUGCUGGGCCUGUGAGAUCUGCAACAAGGAAUUCUCCACUCCAAAGAAAAAAGGGGGGAAGACGCCAAAAAAGGGGAAAUCAACCCCUAAGUGAAUUAAAAUUUAGAGCAUUUUGAAUAAGCUGUCCAAUGUUAUUUUCAGGUGAUAUUUUGAUACAAUGAAUUGUUUAUAUUUGUUCUGGACUUUCGUAUUGCUCAAGGUGCUACAAUCAUGUACUGUAAAUAGUGUCAUGCCUUGUUUUAAGUGUACUGUACAUCCUCAUUUUUGUAUCAGCUAAAAAUAAACAAUGUUUGUCAGGUACCGUCUUUUAUAAAAAAUAAAGUUUUGGAUAAUCAGA